CGCUGCGAGUUUGAGGCCAGCCUGGGCUACAUAGUGAGUUCAAGCUGUCCUGAACUGCAUAGCGAAACUAUCUAAAAAAAAGAUUAAACAGCGUCUGAAGCUCAGUGUGUUGGUCGCACUAGUGCUAUUUUAAGGACUCAGCAGCCACAUGUGACUCAUGGCUGCUAGGCUGGAUAGUGCAGUCUCGACAGAGCUCUGUGAGAUCUUGGUCCCUGAGCUUGGCUGCUUGGGAGCAGUGGUGGCAAGAGCCACAAGGGUGAGUUUGAGAGCUGAGGAAUUUGGCCCUUGUCCUGCCUGUGGCUGUCCGUGGUCAGUCUGGAAGGCCCAGCUGGCCUGUGGGCAAGUGUCCUGAAGUACUUACAGCAGUGUGUCUAUCUGGCUUGGUAGCUCAGAGCCUUGUGAGAGCAAGCUCGGUGUCAGGAUGCUGGAGCUAGGUUUUGAAGAAGAUUCAGCCAUGGUUAGAUGGAGGCAGUGAUUCCAACCAGCACGUUGGAUCUUUCCACUCAUCCGGUCUCCCAUAGGCCAGGCCUUGGGUGCAGGGGCAGAUAAGAGGAGCCCACUUUCUAUGGGAAAGGAGCCCCCAUCUCAUUGUUGAGGCACCUGCCACUCAUGACCCUGAGCCAGGACCGAGCUGUGCUGUCUAGCAGUGAGUCCUGAAGCAGGACAGGGACCCAGCACUCAUUCACGUGGAUAGAGACCUUGGGCUUGGUCACUGUUCCUUACCAGUGGUGUGCACCUCCAAGGAUACCCAGAAUGUGGCCCUUGGCUCACCAUUCCACAAAAGCAAGUGAUGCAGCAGGACUGAUAGCUGUCUAAGCCCUGUCACCGAGCUCCCAGCUGCUGAGGUGGUCGUGUGGCUAGCUGCACAGGCGGGAGUGGCUGGGUCCCUUUGAAAGUGCCUGUCUGCCUGUUGGUCCUUGCCUGUGUGUGCACUUCUGUCCCCGCCUCCUGGCCACCUCAGCUAAAGAGGGGAAGCUGAAUAAUUGGCCAGGCCCCGUCAGCUCAUACAUACCUGCCUCUGCCUGGCCUAGGAUGUGGCUCUUGCACACGCUGCUCUGCAUUUCCAGCCUGGCACCCCUGGGGGCCUUCAAUGUGGACGUGACCAGGCCCUGGGUCACCCGGGAGGGAGGUGCGCCUUUCGUGCUCAGCUCGCUUCUGCACCAAGAUCCCAGCACCAACCAGACCUGGCUCCUGGUCACCAGCUCUAGAAGCAACAGGGCAUCGGCACCCCUGCACCGAUGUUCCCUUGCCCAGGAUGAAAUCGUUUGCCAACCUGUAGAGCAUGUCCUCGUCCCAAAGGGGAAGUACCGGGGUGUGACGGUUGUCCGGAGCCACCAUGGCAUCUUGAUAUGUGUUCAGGCACAGGGCCGGCGGCCCCACAGCCUCAGCUCAGAACUCACAGGUACCUGCAGCCUGCUGGCUCCCGACUUGCGCCCACGGGCCUAUGCCAACUUCUCUGACAUUGAAAAUCUCCUGGAUCCAGAUACGUAUGUGGAUGUUCAUGACUGCAACAGGAACACAGAAGGACGCACAGAGGCGAAGAACAGGGCUAGGAAGUCCAGGGCUCUGGAGGAGGUGGAGGAAGAGGAAGAAGCAGAGGAAGCUGGCACUGAGAUCGCCAUUGUCUUGGAUGGCUCAGGAAGCAUUGAUCCUCCAGACUUCCAGAAAGCCAAAGAAUUCAUCUCCAACAUGAUGAAGAUGUUCUAUGAAAAAUGUUUUGAGUGCAACUUUGCCUUGGUGCAGUAUGGAGCCGUGAUCCAGACUGAGUUUGACCUUCGGGACAGCCAGGAUGUGAAUGCCUCCCUUGCCAGAGUACAGAACAUAAUACAAGUGGGGAAUGUCACCAAGACUGCCUCAGCUAUGCAGCACGUCCUAGACAACAUCUUCACGCCAAGCCGUGGCUCCAGAGAAAAGGCAUCCAAGGUCAUGGUGGUGCUCACAGACGGUGACAUAUUUGAGGACCCUCUCAACCUCACGUCUGUUAUCAGCUCACCAAAGAUGCAGGGUGUGGAGCGCUUUGCUGUUGGGGUGGGAAAUGCCUUCGAGAAAGUUAAGACUGACAGGGAACUGAAGCAGAUCGCCUCGACCCCCAGCGAGACCCAUGCCUUCAAGGUGACCAACUACACAGCGCUGAACGGGCUGCUAAGCAAACUGCAGCAGAGCAUCAUCCACACAGAAGGUACUGUGGGAGAGGCCCUUCGCUACCAGCUGGCACAGACUGGCUUCAGCGCCCAGAUCCUGGAUGAGGGUCAGGUGCUCCUUGGGGCUGUGGGGGCAUUUAACUGGUCUGGAGGUGCACUGCUGUAUGACACCCGGUGCCGCUGGGGCCGCUUCCUGAACCAUUCGGCAGCAGACGCAGGAGCUGCACAGUACAGCUACCUGGGUUACUCAGUGGCCGUGCUGCACAACGCCCAUGGCGUGUCCUACAUUGCGGGCGCUCCACGGUACAGGCAACGUGGGGCGGUGUUCAAGCUCCGGCCUGAGAGCAAGGAGGCUACCUUUGUGCAGGAAGGGGAGCAGUUGGGCUCCUACUUUGGUUCUGAACUGUGCCCUGUGGACGUCGACAUGAACGGGAUCACAGACGUUUUGCUGGUGGCUGCUCCAUUCUACCACGACCACGGCGAAAAAGGCCGAGUCUACGUGUACAGUCUACACAAGCAGGAUGGUUCCUUCUCCUUGGCGCACAUACUGAGUGGAUGUCCUGGGUUCCCCAGUGCCCGCUUUGGCUUUGCCAUGGCAGCUGUGGGCGAUAUCAAUCAGGAUAAGUUCACAGAUGUGGCCAUUGGGGCUCCCCUGGAAGGUUUGGAGAUGAAUGACGGGGACAGCUUUGGCAGUGUGUACAUCUACAACGGACACCAGGAUGGCCUCUCCUCCAAGCCCUCACAGUGGAUCAGAGCCUCUGCCGUGGCCCCAGGACUCCGCUACUUUGGUGUGUCUGUGGCUGGUGGCUUAGAUUUCAGUGGCGAUGGCCUUGCUGACAUCACUGUGGGCACAAUGGGCCGAGCAACCGUUCUCCGCUCACGACCUGUGGUUCACUUGAAGGUGUCCAUGACCUUCACCCCCAGUGCACUGCCCAUUGGUUUCACCGGCAGUGUGAAUGGACAUUUGUGUUUUGAAGUGAGCCCCACAACCGCGGCAGCUGAAUCAGGCCUCAGAGAGAAGUCACUCAACUUCACAGUGGAUGUGGACGUGGCGAAGUCAAGGAAAAGGCUGCAGUGUGUGGACGUGGGGGAGUGCUUGAAUCACCAUCAGCAGUGGAGCAUUGGGCCCCGCCUUUGCAAGAGCCUCCAGCUUGUCUCCACAGAGGGAGAGCUCUGUGAGGAGGACUGCUUCUCCAAUAUCACUGUCAAGGUCAUCUACCAGCUCCAGGAUCCUGAGGGAUGGAGACGGGACUCCUGCCCCAUUCUGGCCAACAAGGAACCCUUUGCUGUCUUCCAGCUGCCCUAUCAGAAGGCCUGCAAGAAUAACCUGUUUUGCAAUGCUGAGUUACAGCUGGCCACCUCCAUGUCUCAACAGGAAUUGGUGGUGGGUCUCACCAAGGAACUGACCAUGAACAUUAGCCUAACUAACUCUGGGGAAGAUUCCUACCUGACAAGCAUGGCUUUGAAUUACCCCAGAAAUCUACACUUUAAGAUGCUACAAAAGCCUCCCUCUCCAAACGUCCAGUGCACCAACCCUAAGCCGGCUGCAUCCGUCCUGGUCAUGACCUGCAAGAUCGGUUACCCCAUACUCAGGAGGUCAUCUGUAAACAUGUCAAUAGUUUGGCAGCUAGAAGAGAGUCCCUUUCCAAACAGAACAGCACACAUCACUGUGACCAUCAGCAAUUCCGACGAGAGAUCUUUGGCCACAGAGACCCACAGCCUUCAGUUCCGGCAUGCCUUCACCGCAGUUCUUUCCAAACCAUCAGUGAUGUACAUGAACACAAGCCAGCGGCUUUCUGACUAUAAAGAAUUCCUCUUCAGUAUACAUGGAGAAAAUCGCUUUAAAGCCCAAUUCCAGUUGCAAAUUUGUGUACCAACCAAAUUACAAGGUCUACAGGUUGUAAGAGUGAAGAAUCUAACAAAGAUUCAGGGUCUUUAUGCAGUUCAGGCUGGCCUUGAGCUCACUUUGUAGCUCAGGCUGGUCUUGAACUUGCAACAGUCCUCCUGCCUCCCAAGUGCUGGGACUACAAGGAUGUGCCACCAUGCUCGGCUCUCGGAUUUUUUUUUUUUUUUUUGGAUGAAAAAUAUGCAAAAAUUCAAUGUUAUUAGCAACCAUGGAGUCAUUUAUUUCCCCUUUGAAAACUGCUGUUUCUAUGUGCCUGGUGAGUGAGCCUGAUAAACAUGACAUUUCUCAUCCCCUUAUAGUCUACUUUUGCUUUUUUUUCUACUCUAGUUUCUUUCACUCUAUAGCUUUGCUACAACCUCCCUGUUUGCAGUUCUUUA